GAGACAAAAGAAUGGCAAAAGUUGGCAUGUUAAGUUCAUGCUCAAUCACUUUAACCGUCUACUCAUAUUGUCUAACCCUUAUUGCAUAGUGUACACAAUGUUUAACAAUGCAGGUUACUAGAGUGGCAUGGCAUAAACUGCAAUUUCAUAAGUUGAGAUGGAAUCCAACAAAUAAAGCAGGACUGACGUCAACCCUGUAACAUUACUCAACAACACAAAUUUAAUAUAAAAUACUCAAGAAUAUAAACAGUAAAUCUCGCCAAACAUUUACUGUUAGAAGUCAAAGCGACUUUGCUUUCGGAGCAGUCAAGGUUACCUUCACUUUGUAACGUGUAUACACCCAACCAGGAGAGGGCGUAUUGUUAAAAUAACAUGCGCGUUUCCUCUGCACCCGCCACAGCACUGAGUCAAGGAGACUUCAUCCGCCAUGUCUGAUAUCGCAGAUUCGCCAGAAACCCUCGUCAAAACAAUACAAAUAAAAUAAAUGAUUUCAAUUAGAAAAUAAAAACUGCACUAUUUAACUGUAAUUAUUUAUAACUUUAGUGUUUUAGUUUUAUUUUUUGGAAUCAUGGACACCUCUGAGGCAGGUGAUGCCUCUCUUUUUAUGUGCAAAAUUUGCAACCUAUUCUCUCCCAGUCAAGAAAAGCUGCUCACUCAUGUCUCAGAGAAACACACCAUUGAGGGUGUCACCCCUGAUGACAUCAUUGUCCCACUCAGGCCUUUAUCAACCACAGUCCAACCAGAGAACAGUGGAGACGGCACAGUCAAGAGGAAACGGGGCAGACCAAAGGGUUCUACCAAGAAGAUCCACACAGAAGAGGUGGUCCCGGACCCGCCCCCCAGUCCAAGGUCCAAUCAGAGGCCUGAUGUUCAGGCACAGGCUGCGGAGGAACAGGAGGAUGAAAGCAGUGGCACUCUGGACUGCAAAAAGUGCAACCGCAAGUUCUGCAACAGGCGCCAGAUCACAAAGCACAUCUGCAUCAUUGGCCUCAAAGAGGAGGGAGAUGAGGAGGAAGACAAUGACAAUGACCCUGAUGCCAAACUGGCAGCAGACGGCCGGGAGGAGGACCGGGAGAGGACUCCAAAAAGAGCACGCAGCCUGCGCUCUGAAAAGGUCUCCAGCACCAAGGACCUUGAUCCAGCAGGCAGCACCAAAAAACCUAUCAUCAGCGUGGUUCUGACAGCCCAUGAGGCCAUUCCAGGUGCCACAAAGAUUGUUCCCAUUGAGGCCUUGCCAGCAGAUCCUUCCCCUGCCACAGACCCAGACCCCAACGGCCAGGCAGCAGGGCUGAAAAAGGGCUACCAGGAGUACGCCAUCCAGCAAGCCGCUUACGAAGUGCCAUUGAAAUCAAACAGGCUGGGUCAGACGCAGCUGAAGAUCUUCACCUGCGAGUACUGCAACAAGGUCUUCAAAUUUAAGCACUCCUUGCAGGCCCACCUGCGGAUUCACACCAACGAGAAACCCUUCAAGUGCCCGCAGUGCGACUACGCCAGCGCCAUCAAGGCCAACCUCAGCGUCCACAUGCGCAAGCACACGGGGGAGAAGUUCAGCUGCGAGCACUGCUCCUUCAACUGCCUCAGCAAGGGCCACCUCAAGGUGCACGUGGAGCGGGUCCACAAGAAGAUCAAGCAGCACUGCCGCUUCUGCAAGAAGAAGUACUCGGACGUGAAGAACCUGCUCAAGCACAUGCGGGAGAGCCACGACAUGGAGGACAAGAAGGUGAAGGACUCGUACGAGGAGCUCAGCCUCCAGACGCGGGAGGGCAAGAGGCAGCUGCUCUACGACUGCCAGAUCUGCGACCGCAAGUUCAAGAACGAGCUGGACCGGGACCGCCACAUGAUGGUGCACGGCAACGAGAGGCCGUUCGGCUGCGAGCUGUGCGACCACGGGUCCACCAAAUACCAGGCGCUGCAAGUGCACGUCCGCAAGCACCCCUUCGUCUACGUGUGCGCCACCUGCAUGCAGAAGUUCGUCAGCUCCGUCCGCCUGAGGACGCACCUGCGGGAGGCCCACCCGGAGGCGGAGGAGACCGCUGCCUUCGCCGACUCCAUCAACCGCAGCUUUUGCCUGCUGGAGCCGGGCGGGGACAUCCAGCGGGAGGCGCUGAAGCAGGAGGAGCUGCAGAUGACGGAGGAGCUGUCGCUCCUCAACACGCAGGAGGAGGAAGAGGAGGAGGAGGAGGAGGCCCUCGUCCCCGAGCUGGGCUCCUCUGAGGAGGUGGCCUCCGAGCAAGGCGCCGAGGGCCUCGCCGUGGAGGCGCAGCUGCUGGUGCGAGACGCGGCGUUCGCCGAGACACUGGAGGGCCUUCCGCAGGAAGUCUGCGCGCCGUCGCUCAGCGAGGCCCGGGACGCAGAGGACUGCCCCACCCAGGAGACGACCCCCAAGGCCGCCGGGGAGAGGCCGCUGCAUGACGGAAGUGACCCUCAGACAGGGGCCGACCCCACCACAGCUCAGCAUCCAAGUCAGGAGCCUUCCCAGGUGCCCCUAGAGAAGAGUCCUCUGACAAACCCAGAGGAAUCAUCGUGCAAUCAGGUCCUGGGCACCGACAGAGACACCUGCUCCUCAGCUGGUGCCCAAGCGGAAGAGGAACUGGUCCAAGAGAUGGAGGCCAUACCUCAGGCAUGCAGUGGCCCUGAUGCAGAGGGGGUCUCCAGCCCCCAACAGGAGAAGACAGCAUUCAGGCAGAUCAUAGACAGUAUGCAGAAAAGGCAGCUGAACAUGGAAGUCUUUGAGAGGAUAAGGAAAGUGUAUGGAGAUCUGGAGUGUGAAUACUGUGGUAAACUGUUCUGGUACCAGGUGCACUACAACAUGCAUGUGCGCACACACACGCGGGAGCACCUGCACUACUGCUCCCAGUGCAGCUACUCGUCCAUCACAAAGAACUGCCUGAAGCGCCACGUCAUUCAGAGACACAGCGACAUCCUGCUGAAGUGUCCGAGCGAGGGCUGCCAGUACUGCACCCCGGACAAGUACAAGCUGAAGGCCCACCUCAAGAUCCACUCAGACAUGGACAGGAGAAGCUAUGUGUGUCCUGUGUGUGAACAGUCAUUUCCUGAGGACCGACUCAUUAAAUCCCACAUCAAAACCUUUCAUCCAGAUGUGUCCAUGAGCACAAUGUCAGAGGUGCUGGGGAGGCGGGUGCAGCUGAAGGGGCUGAUUGGGAAGCGAGCGUCGAAGUGCCCUUACUGUGACUGCUACUUCAUGAGGAACGGCACCGACCUGCAGCAGCACAUAUGGGCCCAUGAGGGAGUAAAGCCCUACAAGUGCUCACUGUGUGAGUACGCCACCCGCAGCAAGAGCAACCUGAAGGCCCACAUGAACCGGCACAACACGGAGAAGACCCACCUGUGUGACCUGUGCGGGAAGAAGUUCAAAUCCAAGUGCACUUUGAAAAGCCACAAACUGAUGCACACCGCAGAUGGCAGGCAGUUUAAAUGCACUGAGUGUGACUACACAGCCGCACAGAAACCCCAGCUACUACGUCACAUGGAACAGCACGCCUCCUUCAAGCCUUUCCGUUGCGCACACUGCCACUACUCCUGCAACAUGUCGGGCUCCCUGAAGAGGCACUACAAUAAGAAGCACCCCAAUGAGCAGUACUCUAAUGCUGGGCCUGGCACCCCCGCCGCAGAUGUCGUCCUACAACAAGGGGGUGUAAAGUGUCCGGUGUGCAACUACGUGUACGGCACUAAGUGGGAAAUGAACCGACACCUCAAGAACAAACAUGGCCUCAAACUGGUGGAGAACGACGGACUCGGGAUGAACCAGUGGGAGGUGGUGGAGUCAUUAGAAGAGCCCUCCACACAGUACCUCCACAUCACAGAGACAGAUGACCUUCAGGGGACAGAGGCUGCAGUGUCCGCCCUCCAGGACUUGCGAUACAACACAGAGAACGGUGUGGUGUCCACCACAGCCGGGGAAAGACUGGAUCCCACGGCUGUAAAUAUUCUCCAGCAGAUCAUUGAACUCGGGUCUGAGAACCAUGACGCCACUGUUGCUUCUGUGGUUGCAAUGGCUCCUGGCACGGUGACCGUGGUGGAGCAGGUGGCAGAAGAGGAGCAGCAGCCCAACCACGCGGUGAUGAUCCAAGAUGCCUUCCAGCAGGCCUCGGUGGGGCUGGGAGAAGAGCACCAUCUAGUGGUAUCCUCCGACGACGUGGAAGGCAUCGAGACGGUCACCGUGUACACUCAGGGCGAGGACGCCUCCCAGUUCAUCGUCUACGUCCAGGAAGCUGUGCAGGCAGACGAGCAGCCUGUGGAAGCUGUCUGAGCUGAUCAGAAGCUGCUGAUCAAGACCAACUGUAAAAGACUGGGUUAGGGUUGGGACUGGCACACGAACCUCCGCUCCUCCAAAUGAUGUAGCUACAUCUGUGAAAUUAACCUCACAGUGCUUGUUAAUAUCUCUUUAUAUGUUCAUAUUGAGACAAUAGCAGGUAGGUCCUUUGUGAAAGACGUUUACCUGUUUCACCAGAUUCACAUCUAGAUAGCUCUGAUAUGACUGUACUGUACAUUUCCAUGUCAGGUUAUAGAUGUGCACCUAUAAUUAAAAGGACUAUGGCUUG